GCUUUGCUAAAAGUUUGUUUAUAACAAAGCUAAAACUUUUGAGUGAAGGUCUUGUAACAGAAGCUCAAGAAACAGAAAAUAUAGUUGGAGAUUUCUUUUCAUCAGAUGAUGACAAGGUAACUGAUGAAGUAAAGGCAGUGCUGAUUAAGGAGAAAUUGGAUGAGUACUACCAAAAUAUAAAGAAAGAGAGAAGUACAUAUACGACAUCCCUGAAGACAAAAUUUGUGGAAUCCUUAAUGAAUGAUCUUCUUGGUGCAAUGGAAAAUUGUGUGCUGGAUGUCAAGGAGUGUUUAAAUUGUAAAGAUCAAUUGAAGAAAAUUACAUCAGUUCAAAAUAAACUAAUGACUACAGUCUAUAAAUCUGAUGAAGCAUCUGAAGGAGCAAAACCUGUUGGAGAAAAUAAAGGGAAAAUAGUUUUGACUGUAAUCUUGCCUGAUGAAUCAAGGGAUCAUUUACGUAAGAUUUGGAAGAAUGAAAAGGAAUUCAUGAGUGCCCUUUCACCAUUGUUGGAAAGCUGUGACAUGGAACAUCCCACUGAUUCUUUCUUUCUUGAUAUGAUACCAGUUCCACCACCCAAAGUGAGGCCAGUUAAUUUUGUUGGCGGUAAGUUAGUUGAGCAUCCACAAACACAAGCUUACAAACUCAUUGUUCAAGACUGCAUAAUAAUCCAAAAUAUUACCAAGACAAUGCAAGAUGGGAACGCAAACAGCAUACCAGAAGAAGCAAAGAGCAUAAUAGAACAGAUUCAAGGGAAGACUCUUGAAGAGAAGUUAGUUCUAACGUGGCAGGGGCUGCAGGCUGAUGUGGAUCGCUUGAUGGAUAGUGGUAUGAACCGGUCUUCACAGAAGCUUCAGAAAGUUUGCCCAGGCAUCAAGCAGGUGAUAGAGAAGAAAGAAGGUGUUAUACGAAUGCACAUGAUGGGAAAGCGAGUUAACUUUGCCGCUCGUUCAGUUAUUACUCCAGAUCCAUGUCUGAACAUUGAAGAAAUUGGUAUUCCGGAAAUAUUUGCCAAAUCUUUAACAUAUCCUGUGCCUGUUUCUGAGUGGAAUGUGGCUGAUUUACGCAAGAUGGUUUUGAAUGGACCUGAUGUUUAUCCAGGAGCUGUAAUGGUAGAGAAUGAGGAUGGUAGCAGAACCAGAAUAUCCUCCACUGACCAAAUUCAACGAGGAAGUGUUGCAAAACGUCUCUUGACUCCUGGAGACACAUGUGAUGUAUCGAAAGGAAUGAAAAUAGUACAUAGACAUCUUUGUAGUGGAGAUGUGUUACUUUUGAACAGACAGCCCACUUUGCAUCGACCCAGCAUCAUGGCACACGUUGCACGCAUUCUGAAGGGAGAGAGAACGUUACGACUUCACUAUGCCAACUGCAAAGCAUACAAUGCUGAUUUUGAUGGUGAUGAAAUGAAUGCUCAUUUCCCUCAGAACGAACUGGCUCGCAGUGAAGCGUAUAAUCUGCUGAAUGUGAAGAACCAGUAUUUAGUGCCAAAAGAUGGUACACCACUGAGUGGUUUGAUUCAAGAUCAUGUUGUAGCAGGAGUACAUCUUUCAGUUCGAGGAAGAUUUUUUGCAAGGGAUGAGUAUCAGCAGCUUGUUUAUCAGGCACUGAGUCAUAAAGUGGGAAAGAUAAAACUGUUACCACCAGCAAUUCUGAAGCCAAUCCCCUGUUGGUCUGGGAAGCAGAUAAUUUCAACAGUGCUUGUUAAUAUUGUACCUGAUGGACAGUAUCCAAUUAAUCUUACAUCAACUGCCAAAAUUGCAGAUAAGGCAUGGAUAACUGAAGAACCUCGGAUAUGGAAGGGAGGAGGAACUGCAUUUGAUGAUCCAAAUACCAUGUCAGAAGCAGAAGUAAUUAUUCGAGAUGGAGAACUUUUAUGUGGUGUCCUGGAUAAAACCCAUUAUGGUGCUACCCCAUAUGGACUGGUGCAUUGCAUAAAUGAGUUACAUGGAGGCGCAUGUUCAAGCAUAUUGCUGACAGCAUUUUCGAAACUGUUCACUGCAUUUCUCCAGAGACACGGUUUCUCUCUUGGAGUUGAAGAUAUUUUGGUGGUAAAGGAUGCAGAGGAACGACGAGCGCGCUUCAUCACUCAUGCACGAAAAACUGGCAACAAGGCUGUGCGAUCUGCGUUUAAUCUUCCAAAAACAGCAACACAAAAUGAGAUGAAAGAAAAGAUGGAAGACAUAUACCAAAACAAAGACAAAGGAAGAGCCAUCAUUGACAGUUCAUACAAGAAUUGUCUUGACAGUAUCACCAACAAAAUAAACAAGGCUUGCAUUCCUACUGGUCUUCUGAAAAAAUUCCCGCACAACAACUUGCAGCUUAUGAUUCAGUCUGGGGCUAAAGGCUCCUCUGUAAAUGCCAUGCAGAUCUCUGGCUUGUUGGGCCAAAUAGAAUUGGAAGGCAGGCGACCACCACACAUGAUAUCUGGGAAGCCACUUCCAAGCUUCGCUAGAUAUGACACAGCUCCAAGAGCAGGAGGUUUUGUGGAUGGGCGAUUCAUGACUGGAAUAAAGCCACAGGAGUUUUAUUACCAUUGCAUGGCUGGCAGGGAGGGCUUGAUUGAUACAGCUGUGAAAACAAGCAGGAGUGGAUAUCUUCAACGAUGUUUGGUCAAACACUUGGAGGGUUUAGUGGUUUGCUAUGAUUUGUCUGUCAGGGACAGUGAUGGAAGUGUUGUUCAGUUCUGCUAUGGAGAGGAUGGAAGAGAUGUCAUGAAAGCCCAGUUUCUGAAGAAGAAGCAAAUCCCCUUCCUUGCAGAGAAUUGUAAAGCACUCAAGAAUUUCCCCGUAGAAAGUUUGCAAGAUGAUGAAACUUCAUCCUGCAUAACCAAGUGCAAGAAAAAGUGCCCUGAUCCUGUCACUACACAUUUUCAUGGUUACCGUGACUUUGGAGCUCUCACAGAGCAAUUGGAGCAGCUCAUGAAUGAUUAUUUAAAAACCCGGACUUCUGAAGUGAAGUCUGACUUUCGUGAUGUGAUGUACAUAAAAUCAAUGCAGUCUCAGUCACACCCUGGAGAACCUGUUGGUCUGCUGGCAGCCCAGUCUGUUGGGGAGCCAUCCACCCAAAUGACUCUCAACACAUUUCACUUUGCUGGACGAGGUGAGAUGAAUGUUACCCUUGGUAUACCUCGAUUGCGUGAACUGCUCAUGACUGCCUCAAGAAACAUCAAGACUCCUAAUAUGGACAUACCAUUUCUUCCAGAAGUACCACAUUUAGAGAACAGGGCUGAGCAGUUGAAACUGAAGCUUUGCAGAGUAACAGUUUCUGAUAUUUUGAAGCAUGUUGAUGUGACAGAUAAGCUUGAGACACAUCCGUCCAGGCUGCAGACCUACUGUAUACAUUUCCACUUUCUUCCACACGAGGCUUACAAGUCCAAGUUUUGCGUGACACCUUCAUAUGUUCUCCAUUAUGUUGAGACACAGUUUUUCAAGAACAUAUUUUAUGCUAUGAGAAAAAAAAUGAAAUUCAGAAGUUCUGUCAUUCAGUUUGCAACAAAGAAGUCAUCAAAAAAUGAAGAUGCUAAUGAUGAAGAUGCUGGUCCAGAAAAUGUGCUGGAAAAGCAGUCAGAUCUUGAUAUGGAGGACAGAGCUAGGAAGGCUGGUGUUGGAGAAGAACAUGAGAGCUCUGAUGAAGAGGUAGAGGGUGAAGAUGAUGAUGCUACCAUUGCUCGCAGCAGACAGAGGCACACAGAGAAUCAGGAAUAUGAGGAGCCAGAGGAGGAGGAAGAGGAUGAUUCUAAGUUUGAUAAAUUUCUAGAUGAGGGGAUGGAAGCAGAUGAGAAUGUGGAAGGAAGUGAUAAAUUGGAAGCUGAUAGUUUCCUGCAUGACACAGCUGAAGGUAAACAGGAGUCCAACAGUGAACAUCAUGAGCAUGGAGAUGAAGACAGUCAGAUGUUUGAGGCUGACAGUGACAUUCCGCUCCUUCAGGGGAUGCCUGUACAUGUGAAUGUCCUUAGUUAUGAGGCUAGGCGAAACAGAGUGAUUUCCUCAGUGCAGUUCAUAGUGGAUUAUGAUUAUGACACUGAACAAGAACUUUGGUGUAAAAUGAAGUUAGCACUGCCGUUGCAGUAUAAGCGACUUGAUUUAACAGAUCUGCUGAGAGAGGUGGCUGCCAAUUCAGUAGUCUGGGAAGUACCUUCUCUCAGAAGAGCUAUUACAUAUGUCAACCCAGAAACACAACAGCUCUCACUGAAGACAGAAGGCAUCAACUUUCAGGAAAUGUUUAAAUAUGACAAGCUUCUCAACCUUGACCAGAUAUACUCCAAUGAUAUUCAUAAAAUAGCUGACAUUUAUGGAAUUGAAGCUGCCAGGAAAGUCAUCGUGAAGGAAAUGCAGGAUGUAUUCAAAGUGUACGGCAUCAUAGUGGACCCGCGCCACCUUCUGCUCAUCGCCGACUACAUGACCUUCAGUGGAAAGUAUGAACCUUUCAGUCGGAAAACCAUUGAAGACAACGCAUCUCCUCUGCAGCAGAUGUCGUUUGAGUCUUCUGUUAAUUUUUUGAAGAUAGCAGUGACACGGGGUAAACGGGAUGACCUGGUGUCCCCUUCGAGUCGGCUAAUGGUUGGACAGCCCUUCAUUGGUGGAACGGGAAUGUUCUCACUUCUGCACAAGCUGUCGGUUUCCUGAGACAUAUCUGUUAAUCACUGUUUAGUCUUCAUUAUAAGACUAAUUUGAGCGUCCAUAUUACUCAUUUAAUUUCAUUGUUUUGUUUUUGACCAAAUUAUUUGUUUCUUUAAAGAACAACAUGACAUAGUGUUCUAUAUUCAGGAGCUGUUUAAUUAAAAU